CACAAAAGAAGCACACAAAGCAACCCGACACAGCGCCUCCAACACAGCCACCCUCGUCUCUAUAUUCAUCCACGAAGCGAAACAACAAUCUUGUUGCGAUGGGAUUCAAUGACGUGGACCAGAACGGCUUUGCCGAAGAGGAGAGAAUCCGGGACGACAGACUCACGCAUGCCAUCAUGAACUCCAACCUGCCUCCCGACCACCCGUGGAGGAAGCGUGAGGAGGCCCGCCGCCAGCCUUCCGUCCCCUUUGUCCCGUCCAGCAGGAUCGACAAUGCAUGCGCCCCAGCCGCGCCUCCUCGUCCGAGUGGCUCAGCCAAAGUUGCCGCCGAGGACAAGCAGCAUGACGCCAACCGCCCAGCGGCCAAGGAGCAGUCAUUCAGCUUCGUUGAGGACGCUCCUAACGAUGACGAUAGCUCGUGGAGUCCUGUCUACAACUUCCACGUAGACCAAGAGGACGACCACCUGGAGAACUACGACUGUCUGCCGACUCUGGCCCAGUCUCCUGCCCCCACCGACCCCACCGGCAGCGACGCGGGAGGCAACGGCAGCAACACUCUCGUGACCAAGCCCACUGGAGAGCCCAAGGACCAGAUGGGCCAGCAGCAAGACGAAAAAGCCCCGCAGGCUCCGGGCGUGGCUUUCCAGCCGGGCAAGCCCAAGAAGGAUCUCGAUACCGCCAAGUUUGUGAGGCGCCACCGCAAGCUCGAGAAACGGGCAAAGAAGCUCCGGCAGGAGCAGGAGGAGGAGGUUAUGGGUCUUGUCAAUGAGGCCUCCUAUGCCCAGCGCGAACUGACCCUGACUCGUCAGUACUAUGAGACCACAAACAGUAUUCGGGCCGAGUUUCUAGCUCUCGCGAAUCGGUGGAGCGCCGCAGAGGCGGGCCGCAACCGUUUACAAUCGCUGGUUGAGAAUCUGGAGGCACAGGUUGCCCAGCUGAAGACAGAGGCGAGGGCUCUGAAGCAUGAGAUCGAGGACUUGAAGAACUAGACGGGCUGACUGGAGGACAUUCUGGGCAUUAUCCUCCACAUACGGGCGUACGAUGGCAUUCAAGAUUCUCCCAGACAUCGAUUCGUUCUCAAAGUAGAGCUUCCAUAUGUAGUUUUCCCAUCAGGUAGCCUCGCAGGGGAACAGCAGAACCCCACCUGCUCUCUAGCCUCUCUGCUGGAAGUACAAUAGAACACCCUCCCUCGCA